AUCUAACGUCAAUUUUUGUCACAGUUCACAAGCAAUCUCUUCCUCAAGCUCUCUCUCUCUACCAAUAAAGCCAUAUCAUCUCUCUCUCUUCCAUCGUCAGACCCGCUCUCUAUCUCGUCAAAUUUCUCCACUUUUCAUGAUUGUAUCGUCUCCAUCUUCCCUAGGGUUUUGAUUUCGAUUCUCCCAUCCAGACCCACAACGAAAUCAUCGCCAUCGUCUACUUCAUCGGAUUUUCUCCACUCUCUCUCUCUACCAUGACCACGACAUCCGUUAAGAACAAUGGAUUGCCUGCGGGUCUCGUCUCGAAUCUCCAGGAAGUGCUUUCGAAGAGAAGAGGAGGAAACGAAGAAGGUGGUGAAGCCGCCGAUGGAUCGGGGCCGGAGCCUCCGUCUACCUCCGACGCCGCCGAGACGGCUCCUUCUCCGGCGGAGGAGGAGAUCGGCGACUCGAAUCCCAUUGUUUUAGUCACGAACGCCGAUGGGAUUGAUUCCCCUGGGCUCGUCUCUCUCGUCGAGGCUCUGGUUCGAGAAGGGCUUUACAAUGUCCAUGUCUGCGCUCCUCAAACGGACAGAUCAUCUUCUGGUCAUUCCAUGACUCCCGGAGAAACCAUUGCUGUGAGUUCUGCAGACAUGGAAGGUGCCACAGCAUUUGAAGUUUCGGGGACUCCUGUGGACUGCAUCUCUUUAGCAUUAUCUGGAGCCCUCUUUUCUUGGUCAAAACCAAUUCUGGUGAUUAGUGGGAUUAAUCGGGGAUCAAGCUGUGGGCAUAACAUGUACUAUUCAGGAGUAGUUGCGGGAGCCAGGGAGGCUUUGAUAUCUGGUGUACCCUCGUUGUCAAUAUCGUUGAAUUGGAAGAAAGAUGGGAGCCAAGAAAAUGACUUUAAGGAUGCUGUGGGUGUCUGUUUACCACUGAUAAAUGCAACUAUCAGAGACCUCGGGGAGGGAGUUUUCCCCAAAGACUGCUCUCUGAACAUAGAAAUUCCAACAUCUCCCUCAACAAACAAGGGUUUUAAAGUAACGAGACAAAGCAUGUGGAGACAUAGUCCGAGUUGGCAAGCUGUUUCAGUAAAUCGUCACCCAGGUGCCGGGAACUUCAUGUCCAACCAACAGAGCUUAGGACUCCAGCUUGCCCAGCUCAGUAGAGAUGCUUCAGCUGCUGGGGCAGCUCGCCGUUUGGCCACACAGAGGAAGAGUAUUGUGGAGAUUGAAUCGGUCGGGAUUGCCGGGAAAGCUGAUAACCGUGUCAAAAAGUACUUCCGACUAGAGUUUCUGGACAAGGGACAAGAAGAUAUGGAGGAUGAUUUGGAUUGGAAAGCAGUUGAAGAUGGAUUUGUUUCUGUAACCCCGCUGUCUCUACUUCCGAAAACAGAAUCAGAAAUUCAAGCAGCGACGUCAGAGUGGAUCUCUGAUCGCAUUCGACGCUGAUCAGAUGAGAAAGGGUCGAGACGGUGGGAAUUUCGUCUGCUGGUUUUGUUGUUGAGUGUAUGUAGAGAGUUUGGCGACAUGGGUCUAUAACCAGAACCCGGGAAACUGUUAGUACACUUCUUGAUUCCAUAGCUGUAACAGUUUGCUUGUAACCAAGGUUUCUGGUCCGUACUCCGUAUGCCGCCACAUACUUUUGUAGGUUUCAUUACAUCAUAACUUGUGGAAUAUGUAACUUUGAAAUAUUGAUAUCUGUGUCUUUUUAUGCUUCAA